CGGCCCGAUCCCCGCGAGGCGCGCGCGGCGGGCUCGGCUCCGCAGUGGCGGGGGGCGCGCGCCCGCGCGCGCGGCGGAGGCGCGCGCGGGGCGCAGAGGCGGCAGCCAAGAUGGCGGCGCGGGUGGCGCAGGGGCCGGCAGCCCGCGGGCGCGCCUAGGCCGCUGGCCCCCCCCCCCCCCCACCCCCCUCCCCCCAGCCCCGGGCGGGCUCCCCGCCGUUUCGGCCCCCCCCUCCCCGCCCCCCGUCCCCUCCGGCAGCGCGGCGGCCGGCAGGAUGCUGCCCUCGCAGGAAGCCUCCAAGCUCUACCAUGACAACUACGUGCGGAACUCGCGCGCCAUCGGCGUGCUCUGGGCCAUCUUCACCAUCUGCUUCGCCAUCAUCAACGUGGUGGUCUUCAUCCAGCCCUACUGGGUGGGCGACAGCGUCAACACGCCCAAGCCCGGUUACUUCGGGCUGUUCCACUAUUGCGUGGGCAGCGGGCUGGCGGGCCGGGAGCUGUCGUGCCGCGGCUCCUUCACCGACUUCAGCACCAUCCCCUCGGGCGCCUUCCAGGCGGCGGCCUUCUUCGUGCUGCUGUCCAUGGUGCUGACGCUGGGCUGCAUCACCUGCUUCGCCCUCUUCUUCUUCUGCAACACUGCCACCGUCUACAAGAUCUGCGCCUGGAUGCAGCUGCUGGCAGCGCUCUGCCUGGUGCUGGGCUGCAUGAUCUUUCCCGACGGCUGGGAUGCAGAGACCAUACGGGACAUGUGCGGGGAGAAGACAGGGAAGUACUCCCUGGGCGACUGCUCCGUGCGCUGGGCUUACAUCUUGGCCAUCAUCGGCAUCCUCAACGCCCUCAUCCUUUCCUUCCUGGCCUUUGUCCUCGGCAACCGGCAGAACGACCUGCUGCACGAGGAGCUCAAGACAGAGAGCAAAGAUUUUGUCAGCACUGCGAGGAUAUAAGGCUGAGCGCCCGCAGCAGGACCCUCUUCCCGCAGCCGGCAGCCUGGGCGCUCCCUCCCCAUCCUGCCCUUCAUCUGCUGCCAGCGGUCACGCAGCAUCCCGCGCCGCCCCCUGGGCCCCACCGCCCACGGUGGGGAUGUGCCGGCCACCCGCCGCGUCCACGGCCACCUCCAUGUCCACGCCGGCACCGCCAUCCCACGCACCCCGCCAGCUCCGCACUCCCCACUGCCUGCGGGCCGCCGCUGGGGGAGGAUACCCCAAACCCGCUUCGUUCGAGAACAGUGUCCAACUGCGGUUUUGUUUUGAGGAAAAAACAGUCUCAGAGUUUUUAACAGAUUUCUACAUCCCCAGGACUCCUGACCCGCCGCCUCCCACCCAAACGUGUGCCCAGUGACGCCCCACGCCGGCUGCCCAGGCCCCGGCCCCCUCCCCGCUCCCAUUUUGUACAGCUCCAAGAUCCUGUCUCCACAGCCGGGGGACCUGGUGGCCAGGACGGGGCCCAACCCCUACUUUUACGUGUAAAUUCAUAUUCUCUAAACAGGGUAAAGUGACUCGAGCCCCCUCGCCCCCCACCCCGGGAGCCUGGCCCCAGGAUGUGGCAUUUCCCGGCACGUGGCCGGGGCCACAGGCUGCCGCUCACUCCCCACCCCAGUGCGGGGACCGCAGGGGCCUCGCUGCCGCCGGAACACCUGACUUGCGCCGCCGCUGAAUGUAAGCCCUGGUAAGUGGGAGCAGCUGAACAUGCAAAACCCCCUGGGCGGGCACAGGACCACCCCACCUCCCCUGCCAGCCCCUUCCCCGAGCCGGCCGUGGGCUGUUGCCAAACGCCUUCCCUCCCCAUCCCCAUACGGUGCUUUAUCUCCACUGGUGAUGGCAAGGCUCUCCUGGCCACACGGUGUGGCUGGGGGUACCUGGGCACUGCUGUGCCCGCCCUGGCAUCCUGGCCGUGUCCCCUGCCUGCACCUCGCUGGCACACGGUGACGGCCCGCAGGGGCCAGUGGCAGCUGCCCGGGUAGCGCUGAGCCUGGCAGCUGCCAAGCACCGCCCAGCCUCGAUCAGCACACACAGCACCCAAGAGCCAGCACCAACACCCUCCCUGGCAUGGGCGGCCACGGCCCGGCUGUGGCUCUGCUGGCCAGCCCGGCGUGCGUGGGCUUCCCCGGGUCCUGGCUGCAGGGGCUCGGGUCGCCGCGGCCCUUGCGAUGCAAUAAAGUCCUCAGCACUGGCUGCGUCUCAGCGCGAGUGGCUGGGGGCUGUUUGCAGGGCCGGGCCCCCAGCUCCCCGGGGAGCGAUGGGCCGGGGGCUUGCGGGGGCCCUGGCAGGGCUGGAGCUGGGCACUGGGCAAGGCCUGGGAGCGGGGCCGAGCCGGGCACAGGGACAGAGCGGGGAUAUGGCCCCAGGACAGGCAGCCCGGGGCAGAGGAGCAGCUGCCCAGCCACAGGCAAUGGGGCAGGGCCGUGGUGCAUGGAGGCUGCUGGGAGAUGGCGGUGAAGGGCUCUGCAGGAACCAACACCCAGCCCGGUGAGCCGGGGCACCCGGGGCUGGCGGGAGCCGGUAAGUCGUGUCCUGAGGCCCUGCGGGGCAGCAGUGAGGGACGGAGCCGUGCCAAAACACCGGCUGGGAGCCAAGGUCACCUGGGACGGUGUGGGUGCUGGUGCUCCUCUGCCAGCCAUGAGCCCGGCGGUGCCCAUGUCCCUCCGGCAGCGCCUGCGUCCCUGCGGCAGCUGCCUCCGUGGAGCGGGGCCGGCAGGAGCCCCCCGCGCCCAGCCCUGACAGCGCCCGGGUCUUGCCAGCUUGUGAGUGCUGUUGCUGGCUGAAUUGGAAAAACAAACGAAGAAAAUCAGUGGAGAAAGGAAUACAGUAGCUGUAAUAUAUCUGUAUUUUAGUACAAAGUUUGAUACAGUGUUUCACAAAACCUUAUUGAAAAAUAUAAUUCA